ACCUCACUCACAACUUCGAUACAACCGCAGAGACCAUAGGCCUGUCUGAAUGGAUAGCAGCAUUCCAUUUGCUUCAUCCUCAUCAAUCUUCACAAGCAAAGAAUAUCUCAGAUCACCGAGGUUCGAAGCAUCAUGACGACUUAGACACGAUUGUAAAGGCCUACCAGUCAGACGUCAACAGAGUACAAGCCUGCCCCAACUUUAUCUUGAGCUUCCCCAACUCAAAACUGACACACAAUUCUGGUCGAAAGGAAGAGCUUACCUGGCCUCCUCGCCGUUGUUAUUCAUCAUCUGAUUCUGUAUCGGCAUAUGCCAUCGUCUUCAUUUGCCUCCGCCUCCUCGCUUGAGAAAGUCGAUUCACACAAACCCCAGCUCUUGAUGACCAAAACGGCUUCGUUUUACAUACUUCCCCAACCUUGAGUUCGCCGCCACAACAAGGGUUAAUUGUCAAUCAGAGGUUCCACCCUGGCCCUGUGUUUUUUGCCUCCUCACUGAAGGAAGCGCUGUUCGGGGUGUCUGUCGCCGCUGAGAAGGAGGCAGAACAGCCUGGACAAGGCCUGAGACUAGGACCCUCCACUUGUCUCACGCCUCCCAAACCCACUACCUAUGCUUUACACCCCCCUCCCCAGUCUCUACCGCUUCCUCGUCCUCAUCCAAUUCAAUCGAUUCUUUCCUGCGCCCAGCUCCGGCUCGGGUCUGCCUCUGAUAGUAUAAAGUCCUUUUAGAGCCCUCCGCCCCAACCGGAAUUACUUCUCGACCAACCUCCUCCAGUUCCUUUCCCUUCUCAUAAACCCUUCACCCUUUGUUUAGGAUACUCUUCAUCCUAAAAAGGUUCAGCUUUCCCUCCACUUAUCUGAGUAACCAUCAACUUUGUGGUUCUCUCUGUGUUGGGUUCCUAUAUCUUCGAGUCGACGACAAACACUUGCCAUCGCCAACCUAUAAUCGACAACUCGUUCGAUAUGGCGACAGCUACUGCUGCGGGCAAGAAUGCCCAGCCAUUCCCUGAUGGCACCAAGGACUAUGUUCCUCUCCGCGCUGGCGGUGCCAAGAAGGAUAUCAACAAGGUCCAUAUUGCCGACACUCCCAUGACCUGGAGCAACUGGCCUCAGCACAUCAACUGGCUCAACACCACGUUGGUUAUCUUCGUUCCCUUGGCCGGAUUCAUCUCCGCCUACUGGGUUCCUCUCCAGCUCAAGACUGCUCUCUGGGCUGUCUUCUACUAUGUUCACACUGGUCUCGGCAUCACUGCUGGUUAUCAUCGACUUUGGUCUCACUCUGCCUACAAGGGUACUACCCCUCUCAAGAUCUAUCUCGCUGCUGUCGGUGCUGGCGCCGUUCAGGGUUCCAUCCGAUGGUGGUCAUAUGGUCACCGUGUUCACCACCGUUAUACCGAUACCGACAAGGACCCCUACUCCGUCCGCAAGGGUCUCAUGUACUCCCACAUGGGCUGGAUGAUCCUCAAGCAGAACCCUAAGCGACAAGGCCGUACCGAUAUCACCGAUCUCAACGAGGACGCCGUCGUUGUCUGGCAACACAAGAACUACAUCAAGUGCGUUCUCUUCAUGGCUCUCGCUUUCCCUGCUCUCGUCGCUGGUCUGGGCUGGGGUGACUGGUGGGGUGGUCUCGUUUACGCUGGUAUCCUCCGUGUUUGCUUCGUCCAGCAGGCCACCUUCUGUGUCAACUCUCUUGCCCACUGGCUCGGUGACCAGCCUUUUGAUGAUCGCAACUCGCCCCGUGACCACGUCAUCACUGCUCUCGUCACCCUUGGUGAGGGGUACCACAACUUCCACCACGAGUUCCCUUCGGAUUACCGCAACGCUAUUGAGUGGUGGCAGUACGACCCUACCAAGUGGAGCAUCUGGUGCUGGAAGCAGCUUGGUCUUGCUUAUGAGCUGAAGGAGUUCCGUGCCAACGAGAUUGAGAAGGGCCGUGUCCAGCAGCUCCAGAAGAAGCUUGACCAGAAGCGUGCCACCCUCGACUGGGGUAUUCCUCUGGAGCAGCUCCCCGUUGUUGACUGGGACGACUUCGUCGCCCAGGCCAAGGCUGGAAAGGGUCUCGUUGCCAUUGCCGGUGUUAUCCACGACGUUACCGACUUCAUCAAGGACCACCCCGGUGGCAAGGCCCUCAUCAACUCCGCCAUCGGAAAGGACGCUACCGCUAUCUUCAACGGUGGUGUCUACCUCCACUCCAACGCUGCCCACAACCUUCUGUCUACCAUGCGUGUUGGUGUCCUCCGCGGUGGUUGCGAGGUUGAGAUCUGGAAGCGUGCUCAGUUCGAGAACAAGGAUAUUACCUACAUGAACGACUCUGCCGGUCAACGCAUCAUCCGUGCUGGCUCUCAGGUCACCAAGAUUGUCCAGCCCGCUGCCAGCGCCGAUGCUGCUUAAGCGGUAAAAUCUUUCUUAACGACGAGAAGAGGAGGAGGAGGAGGAGGGAUAAUUGAUCGAUGUGCAAUGUGGAAGGAUACGAACAUCGUGUUGUCAGUAGAGACAUGUCGUUGAAAGGGUGUGGGGAUACAGUCAGCCACAGAUCACAUGUCGAAACAUGGACUGUAGGCCGGCGCCACACCCAUCCCUGGAGGAAGAGACAAAAGCACAGCACGUUUUUAACGCGAAAUCAUAAAUUCGACUCAUGAAUGGCGUUGGGGGGUUUCUUUGUGUUUUGAGACUACUUAGCUUUGGACGGCUUUGAACAAUACCAAAAGAGAAUGGUUAAACAUGAAAUCAGCGAGUUGCACAACCACCACUUGGUUCUUCAUCAGAUAGUAUGACUGCUCGGAAAUACAAUUUUUUGAAUAAUAUCAGAUCUCAAAUCAGUUAUGUGAAUUCUAUCUCGGCUACAUAUGUAAUAUGAUCUAUGCAGGCUCAAGCUGCAUCAUAACGAGCGCUGUGCAUCUCUACAUAACACAAG